AGCUCAGCUAGUGAAAUCCAAGAAAAAGAAAGCGAAAAAGAAAUAUAUUUGCUUAUGAUUAGUUUAUUUUUACUCAAUCAUUGACUUGCUUUCCUCAAGAGAAAAAAAAGAUGAAGUCCAUAAACAAUGAUGAUGAUAACAAUAGUAAUACUCACUGGUUAGGUUUUUCCCUUUCGCCUCUUCAAAUGAAAAUGGAGAUUCCUUCUACCUCUGCUGCUUCUGUUUGUGCUUCUGCUUCUUCUAUUUCUGUGCCUACUGCAAUUCCAGCAAGUUUCUUCCAAUCAAACAUCAAUUAUGGGAGUUACUGUGCUGUAGAAGGCGAAAAUGGUGGGCUAUACUCUUCUUUACCUGUUAUGCCAUUAAAGUCAGAUGGGUCUCUUUGUAUCAUGGAAGCUCUUACCAGGUCACAGACUCAAGCAACAUUGGCGGCAACAACCUCAACUCCAAAACUGGAAGACUUCUUUGGCGGUGCAACAAUGGGCACCCAUCAUUAUGAAACUACUGAUAGAGAAGCUAUGCCUCUUAGCUUAGACAGCAUGUAUUACAACCAUAAUGAACCCAACCACCAAAAUUGCCUAAGUCAUCUUCAUCAGAACCCCAGACACCAGAAUCAUCAGAUUCAGGUCCAGCACUACCCAUAUUAUAAUAAUAAUACUAAUUUUAGGAGCUAUGACAUGUUAAUUGGAGAAGAACCCAAAGAGAAUCAGGUUUCAGAUUCUAAUGUUCAGAUUCAAAAUCUUGGGGAUGAUACUCUAAGUGGAAUGAGAAAUUGGGUUUCAAGAAAUUAUUCAAAUAAUCAACAUGCAAUGGAGCAACAAAAGAUGAUAAGUUGCAUGGGCGACAGUAGUGGAGGUGAAUCUGGGGCUAUUAGUGCAAUGGCAUAUGGGGAUUUGCAAUCUUUGAGCCUGUCUAUGAGCCCUGGCUCUCAGUCAAGCUGUGUUACUGGUUCACAACAAAUUUCACCUGCUGUGACCGACUGUGUUGCCAUAGAAACCAAGAAAAGAGGGCCUGAUAAGGCGGAGCAGAAGCAAACUGUUCAUAGGAAAUCUAUUGAUACAUUUGGCCAAAGAACUUCACAAUAUAGAGGUGUUACUAGGCAUAGAUGGACAGGAAGAUAUGAAGCCCAUUUGUGGGACAAUAGUUGCAAGAAGGAAGGUCAAAGCAGAAAAGGAAGACAAGUUUAUCUGGGGGGUUAUGAUAUGGAAGAAAAAGCUGCAAGAGCUUAUGAUCUAGCUGCACUCAAAUAUUGGGGUCCCUCUACCCAUAUCAAUUUCCAGUUGGAAAAUUAUCAAAAAGAACUAGAAGAAAUGAAGAACAUGACCAGACAAGAAUAUGUUGCUCAUUUGAGAAGGAAAAGCAGUGGAUUCUCUAGGGGUGCUUCUAUGUACAGAGGAGUAACAAGACAUCAUCAGCAUGGAAGAUGGCAAGCUCGAAUCGGAAGGGUCGCCGGAAACAAGGACCUUUAUCUAGGAACAUUCAGCACUCAAGAGGAAGCAGCAGAAGCUUAUGACGUAGCAGCAAUAAAAUUUCGCGGGGUCAAUGCUGUAACCAACUUUGACAUAACAAGAUAUGAUGUAGAGCGAAUCAUGGCCAGUAAUACACUUGUUUCAGGAGAAGUAGCAAGGCGAAACAAAGAUGCUGGACCGGUUAAUGAAGCUACAAAUCAUUCAACUCAUAAUAGCUUUAGUGAAGUGAUUCCUGUGCAAAAGAACAAUCAAAGUGAAUCAGAUUGGAAAAUGGCUCUCUAUCAAUCUGAUCAAAAGGCAUCGAAUGUUAUCGAUAAUUUCAAAACUCAGAUCUUUGAGAAUGUGACUGGAAUUGAUACAUUGAGCUCCAUUCAUAAUCAACAAGUGGAAGAGUCAGGUAAGAUCGGAACUCACUUGUCAAAUGCUUCUUCAUUGGUUACAAGUUUAAGUAGCUCAAGAGAAGGUAGCCCGGAUCGAGCUAGCAUGCCUAUGCUGUUUGCAAUGCCUCCUUCAGCAACUUCCAAGUUGUUCAGUAAUCCAUCUAGUAACGAGAUUUCUUGGAUCCCAACAGCAGCUCAACUUAGGUCUGCAGUAUCAUUGCCUCACAUGCCUGUUUUUGCUGCUUGGACAGAUGCUUAGCUUAGGCUAAUUGUAUUUAGCAAAAGUGGAGAAGGUUUUUUGCAUGGAGAUCAAAAUUAAAAAAAAAAAAUGAGAGAUAGAAAAGUAAGAUUGGUUAUUUUGUGGGUUUUUUCUUUUUUUGGCUUUUCUUUUCUUUAGCUAGUGGAGAAAAUUGGAGGGGGAAGGGUGGCUAAUGGAGUUGUAGGUGGCAACUUUUCAUGAACAAGAACCUCAAAUUUUCAACACUUUAUCCUUUUAAUAUAUAAAUAGUGUCUCUUUCUGUUCUUUGGUUAA